CUCCGUCCAUUAGAUCCUUCUCUGAAGCUUUUGAGAGGCGAGUUGUUCUUUCUCCUCUUCUCUUCCGUUGAUUCAGUUGACUUCAAUUCAGAUCUCUCUCGAUCUCAAGUGCUAUAUCCGCUGAUCUCCCCAUGCUGAUCGGUUGAAUUCGAAUAGAUUCGUUGUUUUGGUCUUUAUUUCUUUAGAAUUCUUAGGAGAUUCGCUGUUUUUGAGCCGUUUCUGGUUCGACUUUGACCUUUAAUUGUGCAUCGAGUAAUCCAUAGUGAGGUAAGAGAAAAACAGAGAUGGGGCUGACAUUUACAAAGCUUUUCAGCAGGCUUUUUGCCAAGAAAGAGAUGCGAAUCUUGAUGGUAGGUCUUGAUGCUGCUGGUAAAACCACUAUCUUAUAUAAGCUCAAGCUUGGAGAAAUAGUCACGACCAUUCCUACUAUCGGAUUUAAUGUUGAGACAGUGGAAUAUAAGAACAUUAGCUUCACUGUUUGGGAUGUUGGUGGUCAGGACAAGAUUCGUCCCUUGUGGCGGCACUACUUCCAGAACACCCAGGGUCUUAUUUUUGUUGUGGAUAGCAAUGAUAGGGAUCGAGUUGUUGAGGCAAGGGAUGAGUUGCAUAGGAUGUUGAAUGAGGAUGAACUGAGGGAUGCUGUUUUACUGGUAUUUGCUAACAAACAAGAUCUUCCUAAUGCAAUGAAUGCUGCAGAAAUAACUGACAAGCUCGGUCUCCAUUCUCUUCGCCAACGCCACUGGUACAUCCAGAGCACAUGUGCAACCUCGGGAGAGGGUCUCUAUGAGGGUUUGGAGUGGCUUUCCAACAACAUUGCUACCAAGGCAUGAGGCAGCCAAGGAGUCUCAUUCAGGAUAGGAUUUUCUCUGAUGCAUGUGUAGACAAUUAUAGGCUUAUAAUGAGAUCCUAGAAACCGAGAGGACAUUUCCUCCGAAUUUUGGGGUUAGUUAUACUUUUUGUGAGUGUUUGGGCUUUAUAAGCUAUCGUUUGGGUCUGUAUUACUGUUUCUACUUUAGCUCAUACUUGUAUGGUGGUGUCAUCUUUUUCUGAAUGGAUUGUGCUGUGCUACUUAUUCUGUUCCCAAGGAAUUCUCCAUGUACUAUAAAUACUUUGGUCAUGAUUCUUAUGAAUGCUCUCUUGACUGAAAUUGACGCAGUACAGAUGAAAA